AUGAAUAGAGCCAGGUUCGAUGAGACUAAUCGAAAAUUUUAAGUACUUUCUUUUCCAUAACCAAUAGGAAUAUUAAGCUGAAUUCAAAAUUCCAAUUCUCCCCUCCAGCCAAUAGGAAAACUUUAAUGCUUAAACCUUCUAUAGACUUUAUCCAGAAUUGACCCCAUUGCAUGCCAUAAAACCCCAUCAAGCACAAGCCUUUAAUCCAGAAAAGACAAGACUCUACAUAGAGAGUCUGUAAAAGCAAAAUCAAGAGAUAAAUUUUGAGUUAAGACAACAAGCACAUGAUAUUGUUGCUUUGUCUCAGAUGGUUAAUACAUUGAUUGAUGAAAAUCGAAGUCUUUCGUUAUUACUCGAACAAAAGGAUUAAGAGAUGCAUUCCAUCGUUGAAACCAUGACGAUCAAUGAAGCUGAGGAAAUCCAAGACCUCAGACACUAAUUACGAUUAUUGGAGGAUGAAAAUUUUGUCCUCUUAAAGCAUGUCUAAGAAUAAAGAUAAUAAUUAGAUGACAAGACCCAAGAUGGUUAUGAAUUAGAAAAGCAAUUCUAAAAUUCAAAAAAAUAUUGUCUCUAACUUGAAUAAUAGGUUGAAAAGUAUAAGUUAUCUGAAAUUUCACAAUCUGAGUAGAUGCAAAUUAUCAAGGAGAACUGCAGAACUGAAAUAGAACUUAAAAGUUCUUAUCAAUUCGAAAAUCAGAAAAAGGAUAGUGUCAUUACAUCACUGACCUACACAGUUGAAAAAUUGAAUAAACAACUGUUGUAAUUUCAAUCAGAUUAUGAGAAAUUGGAAUCAGACAAAAACAAAUUGCAUUCUGAAAGCAAUCUCAAGAUCUACCAAUUGAAUCAAAAAGUAGAUGAUUUGAGUAAUGAAAUAAGCAAAUAUCAGAUUAUCUAUGAUUAAUUACUUAAAGAAAUCAAUUAAUAACAUGAAGAACUUAAAGAAAAGUAAUAAACUUGUGAUCGAAUCGCUGAUCAAAACGAUGACAUUAUGAAUAAAUUAUCAAUGGAAAUAGAGAAACAGAAGAAACUAUCCGAAAACGAAACUAGACUCUUAGACCAUAUCGGAUAGUUGAGUAUAUAAAACACUGAAUACUUCAAUCAAGUAACAUAGUAAUCAAAACAAAUUGAUUAAUUGAUUUAUGAUAGUGAUAAGGAUUUGAAUACUUAGAAGAAGAAAUUCAAUGAAACUAUGUAGAAGUUAAAAUAAGAAUAUAUGGAUGAUCUUAAAGAAAAACAAUUGCAGAUCGAAGAACUUGAAGAGAAGAACACCACACUCUUAAAGGAAUGGAAUACUGUCAACAAUUAAUAUGAAAUACUGAAGAUAGAUUUUGAAUAGUGCAAAAAGGAAAUUAGUGAUUAUCAACAAUAGAAGAGAAUUAUUGAAUAGCUUUAGUUGCAGAAUAGACAAUUAAAACUCUAAUUGGAAGAAAACAAAGCUUUGUUAUAAGAAUUUGUAUCGCAUAAGGGUGGAGUCUAGGCAGACAUCGAAGAAAGGGAUAAACAAAUUCAAAAAAUCAUCAAUCAGAAGGAUGAUCGUAUCGCUGAAUUAGAAAGGGAUUUUCAAAUGUAUUACGAAAAAUGUGCUAUUCUAUAACAACAUCAAAAGAAUAACGAGCAUCUAGAGUAGUUGAACUUUACUUAUAGGGAAUAAAAAGAACUAUUUGAAUAAGAUAAUGAAAGAUUGAAAUAAGAGAUAUCAAAAUUGCAAGGUUAAAUUAAUAAUUAUGCUACUGUAUAAAAACAAUAGAAGUUGAGAGCCGAUAAAUAAAUCAUUGAUGAAAAUUAACAACUUAGAAAAGAGCUAAACGAAAAGGCAAAUGAACUACAAAAACUUAAAGAUCAAUAAGCAAAUAUGAACACCUUGCCUAUGCCUCCUAAAUAGCCAAGCGAAGCUGGAAGCAGAGUGAGACAAGGACAACCGUCUCAAGACUUUUAAUAAACAAAGCAAAAUCAAGUAUAUCUCCCACCAUAGUAAUUAAUCUAAGUAUGAAUUUAUAUGUAUGAAUUAAGCCACCUUCCCCUCAUCAUUCAUAACAUUCCCCUGUUCUAUCAAGAAGAAACAUUUAGGAAUCAGAUGAUGGUUCAGUUAAGGCAGGAGGAAAUACUUAAAACAAAAAUAUGCAGUUCUCUUUUACUGAUGAUCAGAUGAAAUAAUAAUAAUAAUAACAAUAACAAUAAAGAUAGAGGGAAAGAGAAAAUUCAUAUCAUUCUAAUAUGUCAAAUGCUCCAUACAGAAAAAAAUCAUAAUAAAUAUGAAUGAUACUAUUAUCUUAAAUUUCA